CAGUAUUGUGGCAACAACCCCGCAGCUUGGAAAAUCCUCAAAAUCUGUUGGCCAAAAACUGCCCCGUUGACAAGUGAGUGCCCGUAUGACAGGUAGAUGGAUUGAACGACGAACAGUCUCUCUUGUUUGAACAAUCGACGAUUGAUUUUACAGCGACACCUAUGGUUUUUGUCUGCUAUGCCAUUCAGUAAAGGAAAGGGGAAGAAAAUGGAGUCAUUCUGGGCGAAAUCAGUGAAAAUCGCUCUUGUCGUUUCUGCUUAUUGGUUUGUUUCCAUAUCACUGGUAUUUUUGAACAAACAUCUCCUAAACAGUAAAGAACUCAAGCUUGAUGCCCCGUUGUUUGUGACAUGGUACCAGUGUGUUGUGACAGUACUGUGCUGUGGUCUGUUAAGUCUCAUGACUGCCAUAUUACCAUCUUAUGUUUCCUUUCCACCAUUUAAAAUUGACCUCAAAGUUGCUAGAGAGGUUCUACCUUUAUCUGUUGUCUUCAUAUGUAUGAUCUCAUUCAACAACCUGUGUUUGAGGAAUGUCGGAGUGGCAUUCUACUUUGUUGGGAGGUCCCUAACAACAGUUUUCAAUGUGAUAUUAACCUAUUUCGUUCUGGGCCAGAGUACGUCCUGGAGAGCUAUAACAUGCUGUGCUGUGAUCAUUGGCGGAUUCUGCUUAGGUGUCAACCAGGAGGGGGCGUCAGGGUCUCUGUCGGUCAGUGGAGUUAUGUUUGGAGUCCUGGCCAGUUUGUUUGUAGCCCUAAAUGCCAUCUACACCAAGAAAGUCCUCCCAGCAGUGGACAACAACGUGUGGCGGUUAGCCCUCUACAAUAACUUCAAUGCCUCAUUCCUCUUCAUACCACUGAUGCUCCUGUUUGGGGAGCUCCCAGAAGUCUACUACUUUCCGAAACUUUUCGAUCUGCAGUUUUGGUUCUUCAUGAACAUAAGUGGAGUGUUCGGGUUUGCCAUUGGCUAUGUAACUGGACUGCAGAUUCAGGUGACGUCGCCCCUGACCCAUAAUAUCUCUGGCACAGCCAAGGCGUGCGCUCAGACGGUCCUAGGCUGCAUUUAUUUCCAGGAGACAAAGCUGUUCCUGUGGUGGCUGAGUAACUUUGUCGUGCUCGGUGGCUCGUUCGCGUACACGCUUGUGCGUCGGGCAGAGAUGAAGGAAUCUCACAGGGCGGAGCAGAAGGCAGAAAGUUUAGCAUCGGUGGAUGUGGAGAACUCUGGGAAGGGUGAUAUAAAGUCGUAGUUGUUGGGAUUGUUUAGCAUAAUUAUUAUGGUAGCAAUAUGGGUAGACGGAGUGUCUGUCUGUAUAAUUUUGUUUCACACGGUGGGAUUGAAUAUCUACCAGUUGUUUGACAGCUAUGUCUUUGUCUCUAAUGUGGUGUUUCGUUGCAUUCUGGUUUUCUGUAAUAGUAAUAUUCUUAUUAAUUCUUUACAGUUUAUUUUUAUAUUUUUGUCUCUUAUCUGUAGGUGAAACAAACAGCCCAAAACUAUGGGUCAUAUAAAUAUUGGCGCACUAGAUAUUUAUUGGUUAAUAUGUUUAUAGGUAUAAAGAGUGCUAAACCUUCAGAUAGCAAAAAAUUAUAUUUUCCUGGAAAUUUCAGUACUUCUUUAAUCUCCAAGAUGCACCAUAUUCAAAACCAUGGUUUUGAGUAUCUUUCAUAAUGGAGAAAAUAGCUGGUGAAUUGAUGGUAAAAGAUUAAAAUAUGGUACUCAUCCUGAAUUCUUGACUAAAUAAAUACUGUCUUUAUUGCACCACUACCAGUACACUGUAGUAAGAAUACCAUUGUAUGAAUUACUUGGGAAUUUUGCUAUGACCUAGUAGAAUUUUUAUGUCUGAUAACAUUGCAGUUAAUGGUGUAUGUAAAGAAAAUUUCUGUAACACUGGAUUUAACCAUAUGAUAGAAUUAGAAUAUUAUGCAGAUAAGUACUCCUCAAAAAUAUAAUUUUAUAACAGCUGGUAUUAUGUUAUUUUGCACAAGUUUGAAAGCAGCAUAUAGAGUAUUAUGCAAGUAUUUGUAUGUGUGGCUGGGAACCUGUUUUAAGUACAGAAAUGUGAUACUUAUUUCAGUUUGUGCGUACUCCAUAAAAAUUCGAAACUGUCAUGAAAUUUAAUUGGCUAACACACAAAGAUACCAUAUAAAAGAUAUUGGAAUGGUACACAUCACCCUGAUAUUUUCUGUAGUAUAAAUAGGGUGUCUUGCCAAAUAAAUUACAUCAUAAUGUACGUUUAUGUAUGCUUAUUAGAAUGGGAUUGGUUGGCACAAAACCCUAAACCUUUGUGUACAAGUAUGCGUCUCAGUGCACAUACUGAUUGGUGAACAUUCCUAUUUUGUAAGCUUUAAUGAUAUAUGUGUGUAUGGUGUAUUCACAGCUGUACAGUUCUUACAUGUGUAUUGUGUGUGUAUGUUUGCAAUGAUUAUGUAGAAAUGUGUGUUUGAAGAAGUCUUUAUUGAGGACAGGAUGGUUCAUUCUACCUGUCGAUAAAAUAUUCAAACAGAUGCUUUUAAAAGCAUCACUGCUCUGCUCUGCUCUGAUGAUUAUUUUGUGGUACAAAUAGGAGUCGUGGGAAAGGUAUUA